AAAAUUCUAAGCUAGGUACCUAUAAAAAUUGAACAUUUAAUACAAUUUACGACAUAUACAAUCUAUGUAUUCUAUAAUUUAUAAGUAUAUAUAACCCUAACAGUUUAAUCCACCUUCUUAUCUAUGAUUUUACAACUUAAUACUAUAAACUCGUUUAAAUUAAAAAUUUAAUGUAUGAACUUCACCAAAUAAUAUUUUUUUUUGGAGAAAGAAAAUGGCCAUGCAAAUAAAUUAUUUUAAUAUACAAUAAACAUGUUGCAAAGACUAUAAGCAUAUAAAAUUAAAAAUUAAAAUCUAAACAUUCAAUAAGAAUUGCAAAUAUUAAGUCAUUUUUUUUAGUCAUACAAAUAAAAAAAUCAGUUUUAUGGAAAACCGGUUUGAUUUAUUUUUCUUUUGUUUCGACACUUAAAAUAUCGAUUACAGUUACAGUUGUCAGGUGCCACGAGCAGUCGAGUUUUACACCACUGUACUGUGAAUAUUAUGUAAACAACAAAAUAUUAUUUACCUACUACUAUUUCCCCAAAUGUUUUGUUCAGUUGCAUACUACAAAAUACACAUUUUUGUAUCGUAUUUGCAGAAAAGCCUUUUAUAUAUCGUUGUUGGAUAACUUUUAAUAUCAUUCGUACUUUGUGUUAUUCACCGCUAAAGUUAUUAUUAAAUUAUUGUUGGUACCUUCAAAUAUGGUCAAACAUAUUAUUAUGUUAACUUUAUUUUUAAUGAUUUAUAUAAUUGGAAAUAUAGAUGCAUUAAACGAAGCUGAACGUAAAGGAAAAUUUCAAUCUGCAGUCAAAUGCUAUAGGCAAAUGUUUGAAAAUGGACUUAUUAAAGCAAAAACAGAUCAAUCAUAUAAGGUCGAAACCGGUUUUGAUGAAAACGGUGAAAUUGUACCAACUGCCAACAAUAUUCAGUUUGAAAAUGAUGAAGCACUUGAUAGUUUUAGAAGCGAAUUCUUCAAAGACUUCGUACAGAAGGGGAACCAAGAAGAGUUUCAAGCCCAAAUAGAUGAUUUGAAUGAGAAACGGAAGAAAGAUGAAUUUUUUGUUUGUAAGUUGUUUUCAUCAAUGAUAUAUAAUAAUUAUAAUAGCAUUUUAAUGCCUUUAUAAUUCAUGUACAUUAAUUACUGCGUAUAAUACAGUUAUCUAUACUCGCCGCGGAAUAAGAACGUACCUGGGCGGCGGACCAAAACAGGUUCGUCACGCGCAGGUCUUCGCUGAUUGGCUAACAAGAACGAAAUGAAAUUGAUAUACAGCGCUGUGUCAAAUAUGCACAUUGUACACAGUGUUGUAGUGUUUCGUUCGUCUGUCCGUACAUACGUGUUCACUGUUCACUGCUGUAAAUUUUUUUAUUUGCUUUAAACAUUUUUGUGACUUAAUUUUGCAAUAUUUUAAUAAAUAUGAAUACUUCACAUGAAGAAUCUCCACAGCUUGUCACACCAAAGAAAAAGAAUCCCAAGGGGAAAGUAAGUGAAAAUUGUUUUUUAAAUUUAUUUAGUUUAGUUUUUAUGAUUGUAGGAAAAAAGUCCCCGAAAUAAAAGUCUCCAAAUUAAUAUUUGAUUUAAAUUAAGUCUUUUAUCAAAUAGGUAUUUAUAAUUUAUAUAGAUAGGUACA